CCGCCAUGAUUUAUAUUAAAAUCUCACUACAGCUAAACUCCAGUGUUUGUUUCUCGCUUAAAGAUGUCUACGACAAUCUUAGCCCCGCACUACAUACAUGUCAACUGGCGACGAGGAUAAAGCUACGUAUCUGUGUAUGAUUCCGGUGAUUCCAGCCCCAGAAUUUGAAGUGUUUGACAGUUUAGUUCGCUCCUAGGUCACGCCAUGGAGCACGAAGGACUCGCGCCAUUCUCCCUCAACCCUUCUGACAACGUCAGUACGAGGUGGGAAAGGUGGGUCCGACGCCUUAAUAAUUUUCUGGUGGCAAAAGACAUUACGGAUGGUGGUAGACAGAGGGCCAUGCUUCUGCACUACGCAGGGGAAGAUGUUUUUGAAUUGGCGGAUUCUGUGGGUGUCCUGGAAGAUGAUGAUUAUGCUGCAGUGAAAACGAAACUCACCAGGUAUUUUGCCCCCAAACGCAACGUGGAGUUUGAGGUAUUCACGUUCCGUCAAGCGAGCCAGAAAUCUGAGGAGACUCUGGACCAGUUCCAUGCGCGAUUGCAGUCGCUAAGUAAGAACUGUGAGUUUGCCGACAAAGGCAAGGAAAUCAAGUCUCAGAUAAUCCAAAAAUGCCAACUCCAGAAGGUACGCGACAAAGGUCUGUGUGAG